AUAACAUAAAUUAACAACAAAAAGUGCCCAAUGAAAUAAAAAAAAAAAAAAACAAGUUCAGCAUAAAUAUGAAUGAAGAAAAUCAAAUAAAAUAAUUAACAAUCAAAUAAGACACAAAACAAGGAUAUUAUUCAACAUCUAUAUCUGUCAAUAUUAGAACCUAUUAACUUCUGGAAUUUGGAGAUAGAAAAUCAACAUAAAUAACACAAAAAAAAAAAAAAAAUUACCAACAGUAACAAAAAAAAUCAUACAAAUACGGACUUCACAUUUAAGAGGAGGAGAAUAUCGGCGAUCUCUUAGCUGGAAACUAAUACGCGCUUGGAAUACGAAUCGGAUGACUGCUCCCCAAUGUCCUGUUCUGAUGUUGAAAGUUUUCAAGGCAAGAUCGUUUAUAAUCCAGAUGGCAGCGCUUAUAUAAUCGAUUCUGAAAAUGAAUCACUUUCGAAUAUACCGGAGAAUUGCAUGAGUGCUGGGACAACAACAACUACAACAACAACAAAUAACCCAAAAAUUCACUCAUUUCGUGUGGUAACAGCUCGUGAUGCGUGUGUUAAUAUAUCCGAACCAAAUAAAAUUCAAAAGCCGAUAUUAAUGUGUUUCAUUUGUAAGCUGAGUUUUGGCAAUACGAAAUCGUUUAGCUUGCAUGCAAAUAGUGAACACACAUUAAAUCUUCAAGAAUCGGAAAAGCUUUUAUUGAAUCGAGAAUAUUCGAGUGCCAUUAUACAGCGUAAUGUUGAUGAGAAACCACAAAUAUCGUUUUUGGAACCAUUGGAUAUACAAAAGCAGCAGAAUCAAUUAAAUAAAAUAUCAUCACCACAAUCGCAGCAACAACAACAACAACAACAACAAAUAUUCAUAAGUUCAACAUCGUCAACAUCACCAUCGUCGUUAAACAGUAACAAUUCCUGCAGCAACAAUAAUAAUAACAUAGUAAGUUGUAGUAGUAAACUGCCAUCAACUACUACAAUACCGUCAUCUACUACAUCGUCAUCGACAAUAACGUCGGUAUCUUCGGCAGCAGCAGCAGCAGCAGCGGCAGCAGCUGCAAAUGCGGCAUUGGUGGCUGCAAUAGCAGCAAGUUGCAGCAACACCACUUUGAAUACAUCAUCAACAUCAAUGUCGUCGUCAAUAAACACAUCUCACAUGGAAAGCGAUUUAGUAAUGGCGAAUAUUGGUGGUGCCAGUAGUAGUGGUAAUAGCGGCGGCGGUAUUGGUAAUAGUAAUCCUGGAUAUGGCAACAUAACUAGUACUCUUAGUAAUAAUCCAAGUAGUAGUAGCAAUAGUAGUCAAAUGAUUCAUCACCAACAAAGAUCGGAUAGUUUUGAUAAUCUGAAUACAUUAGAUUUAAGUGCUGUUACAGCUGCAGCACAAGCAGCAGCAGCUGCUGCCCAAGCAGCUGCUUCAACAUCGAUAGUCAAUAGCCGGCAUACACCACCGCCAUCAUCACCCACAUCGACUACCUCUUCCUCUCCAUCAUCGUCUUCAUCUUCUUCAGCAUCAACUUUGUCAUCUGCCCAACAACAACAACAACAACAACAACAACCGUCAACAACAAUCACUGCAGCAUCAUCCGGAUUACCAGCACCAAUAAGCACGAUGGUAAAUGAGCAAAAACACUCACAUUCCUCAGCGAUGGAUACAAUCUCAUCAACAUUUGCAACGAGUUCCCCUGCAACAAAACUAUCCAGCAGUAAUAGUAGUAAUAGUAGUAGUAAUAGUAGUGUAAACAAUACUUUAAGCAAUAAGAUAAAUUCGUCAGCAGCAGCAGCAGUUUUACCGCCGACACCUACAACAGUGGCGGAUUUUCUUCAUCAACAAUUCCAGCAUAUGCAAAAUCAAAUCCGAAUAACAUCACCGGUUUCGGCGAUGGUUGUUAGUGCCAGUGGCAGCAGUAAUACGGAAAUAAAUUCCUUAUCAUCGUCGGUGGCAACAAGUGGUUCCUCGCUAAGUUCGUUAACAGCAUCAUUAGCAGCAGCGGCAGCAGCUGUUGGUAGCAGUUCGGCAACUGAUCUAAGCAGCAACAGCAGUGGUGUUAAGUUGAUCAAUGAGUUCCUUCAGCAUCAGUUCCAGCAGCAACAACAACAGCAGCACCAACAAUCAUCUUUUUCAACAACAUGUCCCGAACAUCCCGAUGUAAAAGGAAUCGAUUGCAAGACAUGCGAAAUGAUAGAGAUCAAUAUUAAGUCACCGAUGACCCCAACUCGAUCGCCAAAUAGUAUUAAUAUGUUUCCAUCAAAUGUGACACUAUCACCGACGGCAGCUGCAGCGCCUAGUUUUACAAUUGGUGCAUGUCCGGAGCACAUAAAUGGCCGGCCCUUAGGUGUUGAUUGUUCAAGAUGUGAAAUGAUAUUGAAUUCAGCUCGGCUUAAUAGCGGCGUACAGAUGUCAACACGUAAUUCAUGCAAAACCCUGAAAUGUCCCCAGUGUAAUUGGCACUACAAGUAUCAGGAAACAUUAGAAAUUCAUAUGAGAGAGAAGCAUCCGGAUGGGGAGAGUGCAUGUGGCUAUUGUCUGGCUGGUCAACAGCACCCGAGAUUGGCACGCGGCGAAUCCUACACAUGCGGCUACAAGCCAUACCGCUGUGAAAUUUGCAACUAUUCCACUACCACAAAAGGCAACCUUUCAAUUCACAUGCAGAGCGAUAAGCAUUUGAAUAAUAUGCAAGAAUUAAAUAGCUCACAAAAUAUGGCAAAUACCGCUACGGAAAUUCGCGAAUCGCCAAAAAUUAUAAUGCCAAAUAUGCAGCAACAAGCAUCGAAGCCUAAACCGAGUUUUCGUUGUGAUGUUUGUUCAUAUGAGACGAGUGUAGCGCGUAAUUUGCGCAUUCAUAUGACUAGCGAAAAGCACACCCACAAUAUGGCAGUAUUGCAGAAUAAUAUCAAGCACAUUCAAGCAUUUAGUUUCCUACAAUCACAGAAUCUCGGCCAAUUGAGUGCAGCACAAAGUGCAGCCGUAGCUGCAUCCAAUAUACCCAAUAUACCGAAUUUGCAAAAUUUCCUACCUGAAGCUGCUUUGGCUGACAUAGCAUACAAUCAGGCAUUAAUGAUUCAGUUGUUGCAUCAGAAUUCGGCAGCGGGCGCUUUGAGUGCAGCGGCAGCAGCUGCAGCCGCUGCAAGUCCAAUAACCCUAGCCCCACCUCAGCAAUCACCAGCUGGAUCUGGCGGAUCAGUAUCACAACCACAAACGACUCCAACGUCGUCCCAACAACCACCGCAACAAUCCUAUCAGUCGUUGCAGUCAUCCAAGCUCAACCAUCAAUCUUCGCCGCAGCAAAAUAUUACACCAGUUUCAACAACAACAGCUGCAUCAGCAGCAUCAUCUUCAACAACUUCAUCUUCGCAUCCAUCCUCGUCGCAACAGCAUUCUGCAGUUGCAGCAGCAGCACUUCUAGCUGAAGCAGCAGCCGUGGCUGCAGCCGCAUCAGCUUCCUCCGACCCAGCAUCAAUAUGCUUACAAACGCAACAGCAACAACAUCAACAACAACAACAACAGCCCCUGCAACAACAAGAUUCAUCUCUCGAUCCACCAAUUGAUCCAGAUCCAAAACCAACAACAGCAUUCAGCUGCCUCAUAUGCGCCAACUACAACACCAACAGCAUCGAAGAACUGAACAAUCACCUAAUGAUCGACCGAUCGCGCAACACUAACAACAAUGGCAGCGAUAUCAUGAUGAUAAUCAACAACAAUUACAUCUGCCGACUUUGCAACUACAAAACUAACCUCAAAGCCAACUUUCAAUUGCACAGCAAAACCGACAAACAUCUCCAAAAACUCAACUACAUCAAUCACAUUCGCGAGGGCGGUAUCAAAAAUGAAUACAAACUCAAAUACAACCAAACCAAUACCGUGCAACUGAAAUGCAAUUGUUGCGAUUUCUAUACGAACUCUAUACAAAAAUUGAAUCUGCAUACGCAACACAUGCGGCAUGAUACCAUGAAAAUGAUCUUCAAUCAUCUUUUGUAUUUGGUUAAUAGUUUUAAUGUUUCAAUGGGUAGUAGUGAUUCAUCUGCGAUCGCCGAUACUGAAUAUCAAUUAAUGAGCAAAAACAAAGUACUAAUGUGUCAAUUGUGUAAUUAUAGUGCAGUUAAUAUUUUACAAAUUGUGCAACAUGUCAAAAGCUUACGUCACAUACAAGUCGAACAGUUUAUAUGCUUGCAGCGGCGCAGUGAAAAUCUUGAAUCGCUUGGAUUGGAUGAUGUAUUUAAAAUAGCUGAUAAUACUGAUUGUAUAAAAUCAGAACGUUCAAGUCCUACACAAUUAUUAGAAUCUCAUCAAAUGUUGGUAAAAGAAGAAAACGAAAAAAAUCACCCAGUGACGAAAAUAACAACAACAACAACAACAGGUACAACACCAAUACCAGCUAAAAGCGGUCGUGAUAACUAUACGGACAACUCAUCUGAUCAUCAACAAAAUGUCUCUUUAAUGUCUUCGGCCGGCUCUGUUAGCAACAUUUCCAAUUGCAACAAAGAACUACUGGCUGAUGUCGAUCUCUCUUCAUUGCCAUCAAUAAUAUACAAAUGUAAUAAUUGUGAUUAUUUUGCUCAAACCAAGUCCGAAAUGGAAAAUCAUAUUGCCAAUAUACAUCCAAAUGUUUCGGAAGAAGACUUUUUAACAAUUCCCACAAAUCCAGCAGCUUUGCAUGCUUUUCAUGCGGCUGUUGCAGCAGCAGCUGUUGCUGUAGCCGAAAAUGCAGCGGCAUCGCAAUCACAAUCUAGAAGUAAAUCAUCUUCUCCAGUGCAUAUGCAUAUGCAAAGUGAUCUGCCAAAGCAACAGCAAAACCAGCAGCAACAGCAACAGCAACAUCAUGAACAAGUGUAUGCAACAUCUGUUCAUGAAAAUGAGUUGAUAUCUCAAGUGAAAACCGAACAAAUGGACAUAAUGGAUGAGGCUCAAUCGAAUGAUGAAUGUGAACAAUUGGGCGAUCCAAUUGAAUUGACGAGCUCGAGAAACUCUGCCAAUGUGACAAGCUCACCAGCUGUCAAUAGUGUAAUGUGUCCACUAUGUCAAGAUACAUUUAGCGAAAAGAAGGCACUUGAAAUGCACCUGAUGGGAGUGCAUAGUGUUAAUAGUGAUGGUUUGGCAAGAUUGCUGCAGUUAGUUGAUAAUAGUCAUUGGUUGAACAGCAGCCGUCGCAGUAGCACUAGUACAACCCCAGAGCCUAGAAAUUCAAGCACACCACUCUCAGAAGCUGGCGGACAAUUAACAUUUCAACAACAGCAACAAAAGCAACAACAUCAACCGGGAUCUUCUCCGGCUAAUCAACAUGUAUCUAGCGAAGAAUAUGGAUGCGCGCAAUGUGGAAUGACAUUUAAAUUGCAGCAACAUUUGCUGAUGCACGCCAAUGACGCACAACAUUAUCAAAUAGUCAACGAGCAAUAUCAGUGCUUGGCAAAGCACUGUCAACAAUUGUUUGGCAGUUUGCUGCAAAUGUUGACACACUACAAAGAUAGCCAUAUGAAUAUAGUUAUAUCUGAGCGACAUGUGUACAAAUACCGCUGCAAACAAUGUUCAUUGGCUUUUAAAACCCAAGAGAAACUCAACACACAUUCGUUGUAUCACACAAUGCGUGAUGCUACCAAGUGCAUGAUAUGCAAUCGAAACUUUCGCAGUACGCAAUCCUUGCAGAAGCAUAUGGAACAAACACAUAAUCAGUUACAACAACAAACUGGCAGCCCCAUUCCAUCACCAAAUAGUAGCGUAGAAAUGACAAGUGCACAAGGUUCUUUAUCUGUAACGCCUUCAGCCAAUCGUGCUGGAGAUGAAGAUGUUGCUGCUAACGCCGCCGCUAUAACCGCAUCUAUGACUACAGCCGCAACAACAGGUACGGUAAAUAAAUUAAGGAACAAUACAUACACCGAUGAUGAUGAUAAUGAUAAUGAUGAUGUUGGUGAUGGUCAGGACAUUGUUUCUAAAAAAAGUAUCGUUUCUGAUUCGAUAUCGUUAUCAGCUCCUCCUCCUCCGCCGCCGCCACCACCACCACCACCACUGCCACCAUUGCCACCAGCAGGCGCCGUUGUUGAUGUCUUGCCAAGUAGUGACAAAAAUCAACUGGAGGAUUAUCUCAACUCCCAACAAAUGUCUGAAGAAUAUUAUACAGAUGUGGAACGCAAGCUUAAAUGCCACAAAUGUAAAGUUGCCUACACAAGCCAGAGUUAUCUAGCAAAGCAUUACAAGUCCAAUCAACACCGUCGCAAUGAUAAGUUGAGUAUUUACCCACUGGAGAAGUACCUCGAUCCAAAUCGUCCAUUUAAAUGCGAAGUUUGUCGUGAGAGUUUUACCCAAAAGAAUAUUCUACUGGUGCACUUUAAUAGCGUAUCACAUUUGCACAAAGCAAAGAAGCAACAAACGGAAGGAAGCGCAUCACCUGCAAAGUUGAUCCCCCUAUUUUCCGACUCGACAGAAGGCCUAACCGAAAGCAAACGACAAACAGUGGAACCAGUUGGUGGCAGUGGAAUUGGAAGUGGAAACAAUCGUUGCGGUGGCGAUGGUGGUAUUACAGCGGCAAACAAGUCACCAUGUUUUAAAAGAAAAGUCAAUCCAGACUUUGAUUAUGAAAGUCCCAAGAAACGUUUCAAAUGUGAAAUCUGCAAUGUUGCCUACGCCCAAGGCAGUACACUCGAUAUUCACAUGAGAAGUGUCUUACACCAGACACGCUCCUGCCGCUUGGAGGAGCAACAGACUCAACCGUUAAAACCACUCACCCCUCCGUCAGCAUCGGAGAGUCCAAAAACCAUAACUCCAACUCCAACUCUAAAUGAUCAAAUGUACAAGUCACUUUUAGAAACGUACGGCUUUGACAUUGUUAAGCAAUUCAAUGAGAUAAAUAAGCUUUGUCCAGCUACUGACUCAAGCAAUUAUUAUUAUUGCCGUCACUGCAACAAAGAGUUCUCCUCGAUUUUUGUGCUAAAAACACAUUGCGAGGAGAUACACAGCGAACAGAUUCCUCAUGAUUUAUUAGAAAAAUUCGCUGAAACAUUUAAAAAUAUUUAUUUGGACCAAGAACCUACAUCACCAACAUCGUUAUUACCAAUAAAAAAUUCAAAUCAAAAUCAAAAUCCAAAUGAAAACCAAAAUCAAACUGAAACUCAAACUCAAACUCAAAAUUCAAACCAAUCUUUUUCUUUUAAUGAAUUCGAAAAUAAUUUAGGUCCAACAACAUCAACUGCGUGUAGUGAAAGCAACUCGCCAUCGCCUGUUGCCGGCGAAUCAUCAGCCGGAGGCAAUGAAACAUCUCCAAUCGUGCCCUCUACAUCACAGAUUGUUGCUCCCACCAGUCCCAAUCCAUCUGCCGUUUCGGCCGUCGCAGCUGCAUUGUUAAAGCAACAACAACAACACCAGCAACAACAACAAACUCUAACUCCAGAUCUUGUGCAGAAGCUCAACCUGGAUCCAACUGUGUUAGCUCAAAAAAUUAUGGAACAAAACUUCUCCAAUUUUCCACCGAACUUCCCAGGACUACCACAAAAUUUACAAAGUUUACAAAGCCUGCAAAGUCUUCAAAACUUACAAAACAUGCAACAAAAUUUACCCAACAUGGGUAACAUGCCCAUGAACACCCUGGACAUGCUUAACCUAAUGCAGUUUCAUCACUUGAUGUCAUUAAAUUUCAUGAACUUGGCACCGCCUUUAAUAUUUGGGGCUGGAGGAGCUGGCCCAAGUCCUUCAGUAACAGGUACUUCAUCAACAACACCAUCUGAUUUGCCAACAACUGCAGCCACCCAGAUAGUUCAGCAGCAAGCCUCAACUCCAUCUCAGAAUACAAGUAAUCAAAAACGUGCACGCACGCGUAUCACAGAUGAUCAACUGAAGAUUCUACGAGCACAUUUUGAUAUCAAUAAUUCACCCAGUGAAGAGAGCAUUAUGGAAAUGUCCAAAAAAGCCAAUCUCCCUAUGAAGGUCGUCAAACAUUGGUUCCGCAACACCCUCUUCAAAGAGAGGCAACGUAACAAGGAUUCACCGUACAACUUCAACAACCCUCCGUCGACAACGCUGAAUCUUGAAGAAUAUGAACGAACUGGCCAAACAAAGGUUACCCCUUUAUCGGAAAGCGGGGGUGGUGGCAUGAGUGGCUUCCACCUCCAGCAACAGCAGCAACAAAGAGAACAACAACAACGUGAACAGCAACAACGUGAACAUCAACAGCAACAAAUUCAACAGCAGCAACAACAAUUCCAACAGCAAAUGCAAUCUCAACAUCAUCAGCAGCAACAUCAACAGCAACAACAACAGCGCCCGCCAUCAUCACAAUCUAGUGAUCUGAAUUUUCCCCAACUGAGCUUCCACCAACAACAACACGAUCUUUCCCGCCAAUCGCACCAACAACAGGACAAUCGUCCAUUGUCGCAUCCAUCAAGCGUUACCAGCGAUCGUGGCGAUAUCCAUAUUAAGCCCGAACCUACCGAUGACAUUGGUAGUUCGGAUUGUGACCAACAAAUGGCCAUGAGCAAAGAUCAUGACAGCGAACAAUCCAUGAUGCAAUCGCACCAUCAACAGUCAAUGUUCUAUAACAACUUUGAAACUAAAUCCGAAAGUGGAAGCUCUGAGAUCCUAUCACGUCCUCAAACCCCAAACAGUACAUCAACACCAUACAGCAGUAAUAUAUCAGAAUUACUAGGCCAGCAAAUGGACAGUUUGCCUCUAAAUAACAUGGCUAAUAUAAGCAAUUUGAAUAACAUGGGACCGCCAAAAAAGUUCCAAAUGAACAAAAUGUUCGAAAAAAGCGGCAACUUUGAAACCAAUUCCAACUCAUCCAACAGUUCGACAUCGAGUGGAAAGCGAGCUAACCGUACGCGUUUUACAGACUACCAAAUCAAAGUAUUGCAGGAGUUUUUCGAAAAUAAUUCAUAUCCUAAAGAUAGUGAUUUGGAAUACUUGAGCAAGUUGUUGCUGCUGUCGCCGAGAGUUAUUGUCGUUUGGUUUCAGAACGCACGUCAAAAACAGCGAAAAAUCUACGAGAAUCAACCGAACAAUACGUUUUACGAAUCCGAGGAGAAAAAGCCUAACAUCAACUACGCUUGCAAGAAAUGCAAUUUGGUGUUCCAGCGAUACUACGAACUCAUUCGCCAUCAGAAGAACCAUUGUUUCAAAGAGGAAAAUAAUAAGAAAUCUGCAAAAGCACAAAUAGCUGCUGCUCAAAUUGCUCAAAGCCUGAGCAGCGAAGAUUCUAAUUCUAGCAUUGAUAUUAACAGUUCCAAUAUGUUAGUUGGACCACAAGCUGCUGCAGCUGCUGCCGCAGUUGCAGUAGCGGCAGCAGCCGUUGGUGGGGCUGCUGGCACCAAUAUUCCUCCAGUGAUUCCAGGACUUGCAUCCAGUCCGGGUAUUAAUUUACUCGCAUCACCCCAACACAUUUUCAAGCAACAACAAUCAGCGACAUCUGUUGGAGGAACUCAAGCCGAUAGCACUUCACCGCUUCAAAAAUUUGAAUGUGAUAAAUGCCAACUGAUCUUCAAUCGCUAUGAACUCUACAAGGAACAUCAACUUAUCCAUCUAAUGAAUCCUAAUUUGUUUAUGAACCAAAACUACAGUGAAUCGUCACCUUUUGGAAUUUUACAAAAUCUCCAAGGUAACCACAACAAUCAACAAGACACUUCAAUCGAUUUAAGUCGACAGAAAAAACGCAAAUAUUCCGAUACGCAAACCUCGCCCGAUGAAAUUCAUCAUCAACAACCUGACUAUGAGGCUUUUAACAAAAAAUUCAAAAAUGAUCAAUAUGAAUUUUUAUAUCAGUAUUUUUUACAAAAUGAUUCUAAUGCCGACUUAAAGAAACAAUUUCAACAGCAGCAGCAGCAACAACAACAACAGCCUGAUUUGGAUCUAGAUUAUUUGGCAAAUUUUUAUCAACAAAACGAACUCAAAAAGCGCAGCAAUUAUGAUUUUUUACUGCAAUACUAUAUGCGAAAUGAAUCCAAGCAGCCCACUAAUGCAUCCAAUCUAAUGCUGCUUAAGGAUGAAGCUAACAAACCAAAUAUGGACUUUCUCCUACAGUAUUAUCAACUCAGUGAAUCGAAGAAGUUUUUUCAGUUAGAAGCCUCGCCCCAACGAAUACAUGAUUUUCCACCGUUGCUGAAUCUAACCAGCAACACAGCAGCAGCAGUGGCAGCAAUAAACAAUGGUGUGGUAUCAGUCCAACAAGACCAACAACAACUCUCGACAAUAUCACCUACAGAAACAACCAACGCAAAUGUAACAACAUCAUCGCCAAGCAGCUCACCAGUGCUGCAGCAGCUGAGCAACAGCAGUGGUUGUGGUAUUGGCAACAAAGAUACGACCAACAGCAACACCAACAGAAAUUGCCAGACCCAACUACCAUUAUUAACAGCAGAUAUCAAACUGCUGCCAGCGACGGUGGCGGCAUCUGUUGGUGGCAGCGGGAACAACAACAACAACGGGAAUGGGAACGGGAGCGGGGUACCAACAGUGACAUUGCCAACUACAACAGCGAAUACAACAAAUACUGGCAGUAAUAAUUCUUUCAGUACAAAUUCCAUCAACAAUAAUCGCCAUUGCCCCAUACUAGCACCACUACAAAUCAAACAGCAAGAAAACUCAUCACUAAUAUCGAAUUGCUUGGAUACGUCACCCAUCACUGCUGCUGCCGCUGCAUCUGAAUUCGCUGUGCAAUCAUUGAAAAUAUCUGUCAAUAACAAUUCUACUACAAAUUCUGUUUCGAAAAACUCUCCCAUUAAUAACAGCAUCGAUAUAGAUACGGAUCUUGGAGUUUCUCAUCAUCAACAGCAGCAUGACUCAUCAGCAACAUCUGUCUCAAGUGCUAGCCACCAUUUGGAAGAAACUGUCACAACAACUGAGAAACAAAAUAGCAAGAGACUUCGAACGACCAUAUUACCAGAACAGUUGAAUUUUUUAUACGAAUGCUACCAAAAUGAGUCGAAUCCAAGUCGCAAAAUGCUUGAGGAAAUUUCAAAGAAGGUCAAUUUAAAGAAACGUGUUGUUCAGGUCUGGUAUCAAAAUUCACGGGCUCGUGAACGUAAAGGACAAUUCCGACAGAAUAUUCAGAUAAUAAAUAAAAAAUGUCCACAUUGUGCGGCAAUAUUUAAAAUCAAGUCUGCACUGGAGUGGCAUUUACAGUCUAAGCACGGCGAUAAACAAGCUAUCAAUGUUGAUCAAAUUCCUGAUUUGAAAUUCUCUGAUUUGUCAAAUUCGACAACAUACGGAGUUAAAGUUGAUGAACAACAGAAAGAACUUAAACAACUAAAAGAACAACCAAAUUCACCAACAACAACAACAACAACACCAACAUCAUCUCCAACAACACUCUCGUCGGCCAAGUCAACAUCAUGUGUCGCAUCUGUUGUCACUACAACAACUGCUGCAUCUUCAGCAGCAGUUUCAGUUUCGUCCGUUGCCAGUUCUGCAUCGAUGCAAGCUCUUGCCAAAGGUGGAGGAACUCCACUUGAUCUAAGUAAAACACCUACACCACUAGUCAAUCACUUAUGCAAGUAUGAACAGAGCGAAAGCGAUAUAAGCUUUUCUGAUUCCAACAAUGACCAUGACGAGUCCAAUGAUUUUUUUACCCCUUCGUCGUCAUUGAAUAAUGGAAUUGUAGUAUCCAAUAAUAUGGCAAAUAAUAGCAGCAUCAACAAACGACAAUAUGAUUCUAAUUUAUUAGAUGGUAACAAUGUAACAGGAUGUAACAGCUACAGCGAUACUAACGCCAUAAGCAACAUGAGCGAUUAUCUUGGCAACGAACGUGAAAACACCAAUUCACCAGUUAGUCAAACUUCAAGCAACAAUAGUGCUCAGCAAAAAAAACGUUUUCGUACACAAAUGAGCAACUUACAAGUGCGCAUAUUGAAAACUCUCUUCCAUGACGUCAAGACACCUUCCAUGACCGAUUGCUCAAGUGUUGGACGAGAAAUUGGGCUGCAAAAACGUGUUAUUCAGGUUUGGUUCCAAAAUGCUAGAGCUAAAGAGAAGAAAUCUCGCAAUCAACGAUUUAUACAUGAUGAAAAUACAUUUGAUAAUGAGAAAUCAAAUGUUGAUUCAACAACAUCAAAUAAUAUACCCGAGAUACGUGAUUGUAACAUUUGUCAAUUGCAAAGUGUUAACAUUCAAGAACAUGCAUUCUCAGCUCAACAUAUAGCACAGGUACGAAUUUUGCUCGAAGCCACUAAUGCCAAUAACAAAAAUGAUGACUAUCAGCACGAUGUUGACAACAGUAUGGAACAUGAAUUUAAUGGUAUUUAUUCAAAGCUCUAUACACAGCAGCAGCAGCAGCAACAACAUAAAAAUGAAAAUGCUGACACUAAUCAUCACGAUCAUGAUGAGACUGAUAUUGAUUAUCAUUGUUCAAAUAAUAUGACCACAAUUGCCGAUGAUGAUGGCAACGUCGAUAAUGAAGAUUAUAAUGAUGAUAAUGAAAAUGAUCAUGAUCACGAUUAUGAUGACGAUGAUAAAACAACAAAAAUUGGCAAACAAAAUGAUGAUAUGGCCUUAAGUGAGGCUAACAAAGCAGCAUUGGCAUUGAGAAAUUUCAACAAGUUGCAGCAACAUUUCGCCGCAGCUACUGCUUUUGCAAAACAACAACAGCAACAGCAACAAUAUCCCCACCACCAACAGCUACAACAAAAGCCGCAGUGUGAUACAAUAUCUUCAGCUUCACCAGCAACAAUGGAAAACAAUUUAAUGUUGAAAAUUAACACCGACAAUCCAUUGACAACAAAUCAUUCAGAAAUGUUACAACAACUUUUUAGCUACAGUCAAAUGAGUGUUCAAUUUGUAUUGAUAGUCAUUAAUAGAAAACAAAAUCAAGCAUCAAGACCUUUAUUUUUUUAUAUAUUUUUUAUUUGUGUUUUUUGCUUUACAUUAUUUUUUUAUGUUUAUCCUCUUCGUUCCUUUAAAUGAAUUCUUUUGAUUCAAACCAAUAAGAAAUUAUUGUACAUAUACAGCAACACACACGCACACAGAACAAAAACAAUGUUUGUGUUGUCCUUAUAAUUAAUAUAAAAAAAAAACGUGCAGUGUACAAAAUAAAAAAAAAAAUAUUAAUUAAUAGUGUAAAUAUAUUUAAAAGAAAUAAAGAAUCAAACCUAAUACUGGGCAUUCCUUGAAUAUGAAAAAAAAAAAAAACAAACAUACAAUUUUGCUAUAGGUUGUGCUACAUUAUAAAAUAACUUAGUACUUUAAAAGAAAAAAAAAAGUUAAAAAAAAGUAUCUUUAAUCAUAAAGUAUUUUACCAUAAUAAAAAAGAAAAAAAGACUAAUGAAAAUAGAUAUUAAACAAAUUAUUUACUU